AUGUAUGGAACUCCAUACAUGCCAAAAACAGUUCAUGAAUUUGUGUAUUUAGCAGAAAUCAAUGCAUUCUUUAUCUACAACAAAUUGAGAGAAUAUAUCAGCACCAAUUAUAUGAAUACAUAUUCUGGCGUAUGGGGAUACUUAAGUAUUUUGCGAGAUGUCAUACUUAUCUGUUGGAUAUAUCUGUAUUUAAGCCGAAUAGUUGUUUUUGUUAAAGGUCAUGGGAUAGUUGCUUCCAUUAGAAUACUUAUCCACGCCUUAAGUAAAAGAAGCUUCAAGUUUUUCCUUUCAAUCCCACCUAUAAGGAAGAAGAUUGAUAACGAACUCUCGAAAACCAUCAAGAAGAUUGAAGAGGAAUUGAUGCAAAACGAUGAAACCCUAUUGCAAUUUGAAUCGUUACCAGAAGAGGGAUUAGAUACUGCAAUCAUUACAAAAGAGUUAGACAAGUUACAAGAAUUGAAACACUCUGAUUGGAACAACGGUAGAGUAAGUGGAGCUGUAUAUCACGGAGGAGAUGAAUUGUUGGAGUUACAAUCAGAUGCGUACAAGAAGUAUUCUAUUGCUAAUCAGUUACACCCAGAUGUAUUUCCAGGUGUUCGUAAAAUGGAAUCGGAAAUUGUCUCUAUGGUUUUACGCUUAUUUAAUGCACCAGAUGAAGGUUGUGGAUCUACUACAUCGGGGGGUACCGAGUCAUUAUUAUUAGCUGGUUUAGCUGCAAGGGAAUAUGGAAAGUGUUAUAGAAAUAUUUCAAAACCUGAAGUUAUUGCACCGGUAACUAUACAUGCUGGAAUUGAAAAGGCUUGCUAUUAUUUUGGUAUGAAGUUGCAUAAGGUUGAAUUGGAUCCAGUCACUUUUAAGGUUAAUGUUAAGAAGGUAAAGAAGCUAAUCAACGGAAAUACUGUUUUAUUAGUUGGAUCAGCACCAAAUUUCCCGCAUGGUAUUAUUGACGAUAUUGAAGCAUUAUCUGACUUAGCAGUCAAAUAUAAAAUCCCAUUACAUGUUGAUGCUUGUCUUGGCUCAUUUAUUGUCACAUUUUUAGAGAAAUCAAAAGUUCAUGGUAAUAAGCCAAUUCCAAAGUUUGACUUUAGAUUACCUGGGGUUUCUUCAAUUUCAUGUGAUACACAUAAGUACGGGUUUGCUCCAAAAGGGUCUUCCAUCAUAAUGUACCGUAACUCUAAAUUACGUGAAUGUCAAUAUUAUAUUCUGACUGAUUGGACAGGUGGUAUGUACGGAUCACCUACUUUAGCCGGCUCAAGACCUGGGGCGCUUAUGGUUGGUUGCUGGGCAACUUUGGUUAACUUUGGUGAAGACAAAUAUGCCGAGUCGUGCCGUGAAAUUGUGGGAGCUUCGAUGAAAUUGAAGAGCGCCAUCAAAGAACACGAGGUGCUAAGUAACUACCUAGAGGUUAUUGGAGAUCCUAUUGGUUCAGUGAUUGCAUUUAGGGUAACAGAAAAAUAUAGAGAUACACUCAGUAUCUAUAAAAUUGGCGAGUCUUUGAGUUCUAAAGGUUGGCACUUUUCUACAUUACAGAAUCCUGCCUCUUUGCACUUUGCAUUUACUAGAUUAACCGUUCCAGUUAUCGGAGAAUUAAUUUAUGAUCUUGUAGAAGUGACAAAUGCCUCCCUUGAGGAUGAAUCGAGUUCAGAGGGUGAAAUUGCUGCCUUAUAUGGUGUUGCAGGAAGUGUCAAGACUACGGGAGUGGCAGAAAGAGUUGUAGUUGCAUUCCUAGAUACCUUGUAUAAAAUAUGA